UGUGAUAUUGCCGAAAAUCCACGAGGACUUGGAAAAAAUUACACAAAAUCCCUACGCAGCACAUAAAUUUACACGCUGCGAAAAGGACUUCAAAACGAAAGGAAGAAAGCUCGUUUAAUCCCUUGAAAUUCAUAGCUUUUUUGGGACAAAAGUGGUUACAUACUUUCACCUGCAAUUAUGAAGGCAGCAAGGAGGCCGAUCCAAGCUGCGGCGACGUGGGUUCGGCGGCAGCCGCCGAAGGUUAAGGCGUUUCUGGCGGUGGUCAGCGGCAUGGCGGCGCUUGUUCUCCUCCGCGCUAUUGUCCACGAUCACGAUAAUCUGUUUGUGGCGUCGGAGGCCGUUCACUCGAUCGGAAUUGCCGUGUUGAUCUACAAGCUGAUGAAGGAGAGAACUUGUGCUGGGCUUUCGCUCAAAUCCCAGGAGCUAACAGCUAUCUUUUUGGCUGUUAGGUUGUAUUGCAGUUUUGUCAUGGAAUACGAUAUCCACACUGUGCUGGACAUGGCUACUCUUGCUACAACCUUAUGGGUUAUUUAUAUGAUCCGUUUCAAACUGAGAUCAAGUUAUAUGGAAGAUAAAGACAAUAUUCCGUUGUAUUAUGUGGUGAUCCCUUGUGCUGUUAUUGCUUUAUUAAUUCACCCAUCUACAUCACAUCACAUCAUCAACAGGAUAGCCUGGGCUUUCUGUGUUUAUCUUGAAGCUGUUUCUGUUCUACCUCAACUUCGUGUCAUGCAAAACACAAAGAUUGUUGAACCUUUUACAGCUCAUUAUGUAUUUGCACUGGGUGUUGCCCGUUUCUUGAGCUGUGCUCACUGGGUUCUCCAGGUUUUGGACACACGAGGUCAUCUACUCGUGGCAUUGGGCUAUGGUCUCUGGCCAUCAAUGGUUCUUUUAUCCGAAAUUGUUCAAACCUUUAUCCUAGCCGACUUUUGCUACUACUAUGUAAAAAGUGUUUUCGGGGGGCAGCUCGUUUUGCGUCUUCCUUCUGGAGUGGUGUAACUAUUAGCAGUUUAAGUAAGCGUUAUUUUCAACUGUUCUUUUGCUCACUGGCUCUUACAGUAGAAAUGCCUGGUUUUCGGUUGUGAACUUGACAGUUUUGGCACGAAUUGGAUGUUCACAUUAUAUCUUUGAGUUACGAAAAACGGUAGUAUGAAGAACUAUGUGUGUACCAAUUUGGCCUUUUAGAUUAUGAUAAUUUUUACGAGCAUUUUCAACUUUAUAUAUAUGAACGCGAUGCUUGUUUCAUUUCAUGGUCUUGGUUUUGUGGUGUUUGGGUUGUUUUAUCAAUUCAUAUGGAAACCAAUGAAUUAUGAGUAAAAUUGGU